GUGACGGACCAUCUUUUUUCAUCGAUAUUUGAUUAUUCAUCACCAUUCACGUAUAAACGUACUAGAGAUAUAGACGAUUAUAAUGAUAAUGAUGAUUAUUCAGAUCCAGUUCCCGAUAGUUUAUUUCAACGAUCAAUCUAUAUGUUAAUUAUAAUUGCAACGGUAUUGUUUUUGAUAAUAACAUUCCCAAUAGCAGCAUUUUUCUGCAUACGAAGAAUACCAUCAUUACAAAGAUGUUUAAUUUGUCGUCUUGGUCGACGAUUACCAUUGAAAGGACCGGGUUUUAUUAUUUUACUUCCGUUUAUUGAUAAAAUUUCUAUCAUUGAUCUUUAUGAAACUAGAUUCAAUUUGAUUGAAAAUGAACAACAACUUAUGACUGGCGAUGGUUCAAUUAUCAUGAUCAAACCAUUUCAUGCAUCAUUAAAUGUUACAAAUGCAUUGUUGACAACAAUGAAAAUUAAUAAUGUUAAUGUUAAGAAUUUUCUUCAGAUAUCAUUUUCGAAUCUUAUACGAUCAAAACAUGUUGAAGAUUUGGAAAAUAAAUUGCAUUUUAUAUUGAAAGAAUUUGAGGAAAAAAUGAAUCAUUUUAUUAAACGAUGGGGCUAUGCUGUCAGCAUGAUCGAACAACCACGAAUUACAGUUAUUGAUCGUGCUGAUCCAAUCAAUCCGAUCAAAAAUAAAUUGCAAAAAUUAUUAAACAAGGAUGGAUCAGAACAAAAAACGGUACCACAGACAACAGGCGAUUUUACCAACCUAUUCAAUAUGUUUAACAAUUUUCAACAAUCAUCGGCUAGCGAUCAAUUACAACAUGUCGAAACAAUAGAUAAAUGUUCAAAUACAAUGGAAUAUCAAUUGAUUGCUGUGGUUCAAACAUUUUUCGAUCAAUAUAAAAACUUUCUUGGUGUAGAUAAGGAUUUUAAUGUAAAAUUGAUUAUUGAAGAUAAUGACAAUCCAUUGGUCAAUUAUUUUCACUGCCAAAAAGAUGGCAAUGUUCGAAUGGUCGAAAUUGAACCGACCGAACUAAACAUGACAGUCAGAUUUAAACACCAAACAGAUUUUCAUCGUUUUCUUACCACACGAGACCUUAAAUAUCUUAACUUAUGUUGCUUUCCACAACAAAUUAUAAAGCAAACAAUCAUCAUCAUGUCAGCUGUUAACGAUGACAAUAAGAAAAAAAUUGAAGAAAAUUCUGAUAACGAAGAUUCAUCGUCAUCGUCGUCGUCAUCAUCAUCAUCAUCAUCAUCACCAUUGAAUAGCAGCUCUGGCCAUGAUGAUGAUGUUGAUGGUUUAUCCAUCGAAAACAUUGUGAAUGGAAUCAAAAAUCAUAAAUAUGAUCACAUCAUAUUUAUGUGUGGUGCUGGUAUUUCCACAUCUGCUGGAAUACCAGAUUUUCGUUCACCAAAAACUGGAUUAUUUUCUCAAUUGGAAAAAUAUAACUUACCAUAUCCAGAGGCUGUGUUUGAUGUAUCCUUCUUUAAAUCGAAUCCGAAACCGUUUUAUCAUCUUGCCAAAAAUAUUCUUCCAGAUAAACUCAAGCCAACACCGUGCCAUUAUUUUAUGCGUUUGAUUCAAGAUAAAAAUCUUAUGUUACGUGCAUACACACAGAAUAUCGAUUCAUUGGAACGAAUCGCAGGUAUAUCGGCCGAUAAAUUAGUUGAAGCUCAUGGUUCAUUUCAUACUGGUCAUUGUAUGAACAAAGAAUGUCGUAAAGAAUAUUCAUUAGAUUGGAUGAAAAAAAUCGUAUUGGAAGAAGAUCGUGAAGACAAUGUUGUUUACUGUGAAAAUUGUGGUUCCUAUGUUAAGCCGGACAUUAUUUUCUAUGGUGAAAUGUUACCCGAUAGAUUUUAUCGAUUGUAUCAAAGAGAUUUCAUCAAUUGUGAUCUGCUAAUCAUAAUGGGUACAUCAUUGACCGUGCAACCAUUUGCUAGCCUCGUCGAAUUGGUUGGACCACACGUACCGCGUGUUAUGAUCAACAAAACUCGGCCAAGUAGGGAUCAUUUUUCGCGUAAAGAUCGCGAUAUCUUUAUCAAAUCAGAAACCGAUAGUGCAUGUCUAGAAUUAGCUGAAAAGCUUGGCUGGCGAGAUGAACUAGAAAAAUUGAUUAACUCCGAUGAAUCAGAUAAUAAAGCAUAAUUUUGAAAUCCUAAAA